UCAAGGCAGCAUUUAAGUUUAAAUUAAUUCAUGUUGUCUGUAGCUAUCUACAGUGCCAGUCAUGCAAUGGAACUGUGAUUUAGAACUUUGAGAAUUAUAUAAUUUAAAGUUUAUAUUGAUAUGUGAUUUAUUAUAUAAUUACAUUAAAUACCCGUUUAUAUCCCUUUUAGUUAAGGCUAGCAAAGAAAUCCGGGCUGUUUAUCCGUGCGGUUUUUGUUGAAACUUAAUCUUUUUACUGAGACAUUGAAACAAAAACGUGCAUUUAAAUUUCUUUUCGAAAUUCGGACAAGGUUUGUCAUCUAGACAAAUAUAUCCACUUUGGAUCACAUUGAAAUGCAUCUACGUCUCGUUUGUAUGUUUCAUACAAUGUUUGGAACUCUUCGGAGCAAUAAAGCUAAUUUGUUGUUAUAACUUGUUCGUCUUUGAAAUUUUUACAUCGAUGUUUCAUGGUUCAAAUGAUUCGAGAAAAAAAAAUGUGAAUUGUAAGUGGAUUCUAUGAAACUGGAGUUCAAGUAUCAUCAGUAUGUUUACAGCAGGCACAAGUCUUCAAGUAAUAUUACUUAUAUCAUGCUGUCAGUUCUGCUCAACACUCUUCUACACGAAUAGCCGUGAAAAUGACUACCCUAGAAUUGGAAAAAGAGUUGAAUUAUACGAAGUGUUAAAAAGAGAGAACUCAUUUCCAAAAUAUUCAGAAACUUAUUCACAGGGCGUACAGCAUAUUAAGAAGUUAAGUGACUUUGCGAAUGAAGAAAAUUCUUUGGAUAUACGGGCAAACGAACACUCAAUAUUUGGAGAGUUAGGACAGGAUAGAAACCAUAGGCCAAUAUUAAUUGCUGUACAGCAAAAAUCGCCAAACAAUAAUAGACACAACAUGGAAACUGAUGAGGCCGAUGACUUUUUGGAAUUGUUUCAACGGAUUGAUCCGGAAUUGGACGAUAUAUCAUGAAACGAGAUAAAAGUAGUGGCUAAGAAAUUAAUGCUUCUCUGAAGAAAUUAAUUGUUUUCACUUACUCUUUUAAAUUGCAGAUUUCUUAAAUUUACCGAUUAAAGAAUGUAUUACAAAUUUGUACUUUCAAAAUUAUUUUCUGAAUUUGUACUUUCGAAAUUGUUUUCAAAAUAGUUUUCUGGACUUGCAUUUUAGCAUUGUUACUGAAUCUUAUUUUAAAACUUUAAAUCUGUUCUUUGAAAACUUAUAAAGCCAGAUCCGUCUUUUUGAAUGUUGAUUCGACAUUAAGCCUAGUGAAGAAUGUUUUUAGAUCAAACGAAUAUCAAUAUUCAUAUUUGCGCCCUUGUUGGGGUGAGCAAGAUUGUGAAUAUACUGCAUAAAAUAUCCGUGAUAUCUGAGCUACUGACCAUCUCAGCAGUGUUUGAAUCUUGUAUAUCUAGAAACAACAAUAAUUGAUUUUACAACCAGUGUUCCUGCUUUAUUUUUCACCAAAAUAUAGAAACUAUUCUCUUGUUUCAUAGUUAUCAGGUUCAAUCUUUGGCCAGCAACAUGCUAUCGAUGACAGUCACUAUUUGGCACGUGUAAAAAUAAAUAAACAACUUGAAAAUAUUGCCAAAAAGUAAUUUAGACCAAACAUAAGCCUUUAAAUUAUUUUGGCAUACCAAAAUGGAACAUAAUUAAAGCUUUUAAAGAAAAUAUAAUGCGUUUGUUUUGUUAAUUAAUGCGCACAUCAGAAGUUAGUUUGAGUUGAUAUUUUACAUAGAUACAGUAAUAUUCAAUGGUAUGUGGUGUUUUAAGUAUUGCUAAUUUCUCCAACAUACCAAACAUCACUUUCACCUGUUCAAACAUAUUGCGGGAAUGCUUUAAAUCUGUAAUCACUGGUUCAAAAUAUUUGACCUAGAGUCUAACAUCGAGUAGAUAUUCUUGAAUAUAACAACAGGAAUCUUUAAUUGAAGUAUGGCAAUCGAAGAAUGUCUCUUAGUCCUUGGAC